UAAUGGGCCAGUCAUGUGAUCCACACAUCUAAUUUGGGACCAAUCUGAGAUGUAAGUGGCACCAGGCAGGCCUGGAGUAAUCAUGACCGCAGUGUGGAGUGUAAAGAACAUUACAGAUAUCAGUGCCUCUUGGAUCUAAAGGAGAUUUAUCUUGGCUUUAUAUCGGACAACUUCCGCACAUUUCACAGCCUUGGAAGGCAGGACCUGUCCUCUCAACUUGAGGCUCAACUUUACAUGGAAGCGUGUGUGGGCAUGACACUGUAACCAAGGCAACUCACACAACUGGAGAUUAGCAGUAUGUGAGUGUUCCAAUUCUCUGGAUUUCUUCACUCUGGAAUGGAUACCAUAUUUCUCUUCUCCCUGGUGCUGGCCAUCAUCGUGGCAGUGUGUGGCGAGGCCAAACAGAACAUCUACGCCAGCGGCUGCAACGAGCAGGAGCUGAAGCUGGACUGUGGUGCUGGACACCGUAUAGCCAUCAAGCGCUUGUUCUAUGGUGUGAAGCUAGAUGCAGCCUGCGUGGGACACCGCCGCACCCGGCGCGACUGCUGCACCGCAUCCCACGCUGACUGUAUGGUGAACAGGGAGGAGUCGUACCUGGACAUCAACACCCAGUGUUCCGGGUAUCCCUCCUGCAAGUUCAUGGUCAAGAAGGUCACUACCAGUGGACAGUGUCUGAAGAAGACCACUGACUUCAUGACCAUCAUCUACGACUGCAUAGCAGAUGCUGACAUUGCAAGCUUCUGCUCCGACACACAUAAGCGAGGCAAGGAGUUGUACAUAGCCAACACCGAGUACCCUUCGUCCAUCCGUGGCAACAAACCCCGGUGUUCCUGUCUGGCCACCACAGAGCAGUCGCGUGGCAUCAGCCUCCAUUCCAUCGACAUCCUCAUCGCUAUGUCGGAGUACGGAGGUCGAACCUGUACCGAGCUCAUCAAGAUUGAAGACAGUUUUAACUACAAGAAGCAGAUCACGUGUGGUCAUCGUGGACUGUAUGGCUUCCGAGCUCUGUAUGAACGGUCAACGCGGAAUGUCACCAUCAGCCUGGAGAGCCAGAGCAAUGAUCGCGGGACCGCCUACGUGUGGUUCCAGAUUAAAGCCGAAGAAUCAAACGACUUUGUCAACGUGUAUUGUGGGGAGGCACUCAGACGCCUUCUUGCCAAGCCGUAUCAAGAUGCAGAAUCAAGGGACCGAACUAAAGCUGAAGGUUCUGAUGAAAAGCUAAGCACUGUCAUACCUCGCCGACCUGAAAACGAAUCUGCUUCAGCAGCCAUAUUCCCACUUACAUCUGAUAUGGCUGCAAUAGUUGGAGGAAUUGUGGCCGCAUCGUUUGUCAUCUUUGCCAUCCUCAUCAUCUCCAUUGCUGUCCACUGCCGGAGGGUACGUCGAGCGAAAGAACCAGUGAAGCGCGUGGAGAUGUACCCAGCCAUGAGUCCUACUCCAUCUCUGGACGUUGCAUCCUACUGUCGCUAUGACUACGACGAUGACCACUACUGUUCCAUCAGUCGGAGUCCAUUGAAGGUAUCUUCCCAGUAUGACUACAACCCAAACAAGAAUGUGGUUCUGGGAUCAGCAGAGUACAGCCAGCCGGACGAGAUUGUGGGCGAGGAGCUCCCUGCCCCUCCUCCCCCUUACAACGGCGGCCUGGACGGACCCCAAACUGAGCCCCUCAUGAGCGUUCCCCCGCGGGAUUACCUUACUCUACGGGAAGAGAUUGAUAGUGCUGCAGGAAACCGCACCAUGCCGCCACCUCAAGACUACUAUGCUGUCAUCAAUAAGAAAGGCAAUAAAAGCCCACCGCCGAAAACACGCAGCAAGAGUGUCACAUUCUCUCAACCUGUUGCCAUGGUAACACCACUUCCAUCAGGUUCUGAUGAGUCCAUGAUGGACAGAGAAGGAAAUGAGAAAACUGAUGAGUUUCCACCGCCGGUGCUUGACUCCCCAACCAAACCAGAGACCAUCCAAAUACCCCGGUACGAGGGAGGGCAGCCUCUGGACUCACCAGCACGACCACUGUCCACAUUCCGUAGUCCUGACGAAGAGAUGAAGCUCAGCAACCAGUUUGAUCUGCCUCCCCCUCCUCCGGAAGACUACGACAUGGACAACACGUGUCAGGCGCAGUAUGACAACAUCCCCUACUACAGCGGCCAGGAGAAGUCUUUCUGGUUGCCACCUCACAACUAUGCACCCAAUGCCAUGCCAAAUGGGAAAGUGAGAAAUAUCUAUGAAACUGGAGUCUGAGAAUCUCGGACACAUCAAUCAUGUGUGCCAUGUAGGAGACACAAGCAGGGAGUAAUGGAUGAUCACGAGGGCUGGGAUGGGUAACACGGGUACUCGGGUCGGGUGGGUCCUGAGUAGGACCCAGGUACCCACAGGACUACCCGAACAUGUGGUUAAUCACUUGAUUU